AACAGGUUUUCGCAAGAAGAUGAACAUACGGAGCUCCAUCGCGCCAGUAAGAAGCGGAAUGUGGAAGUAGUCAUACUUAUGUGUUUUUAUUCUGAGACACCUUUUAAAAAUGAAAAAGUAUUUGUUUGUAUUUUUGGUAAUAUCGUUAAGUUCGUGUAAUGGUAGAAGACUGGGUGAAUUGCUUAUAGGAGCGCAUCAGCAAAUCCACAACAAGGUACACGGCGUAGCCGACGCGGUGAUAGGCGGGCUUAGCCUCCUCCACGGGCGGCACCAUCAACCAGCCCCGCAUCCCCCUAACCAAGGAGGCGAGACCAUCGUAGUCAUUGUAGAAGAGAACGCUCAAGGGGACCAGGGCAAUCCAAGGCCGUAUGGAACACCGCAACAAGGCCACUACCCUGUUCCUAAUGGACAUAAUCCCUAUCAGGGAUAUAACCCGAACAAUGGAUACAAUCAAGGAAACCAGAACAAUGGACAUAAUCAUGUUAAUCAUAAUCAAGGACAUCCUAGCUAUGGUCCCAGUCAUGGAUAUGAUUCUCAACCUCAACCGGAUUAUACAGCAAACUCUGAACGUGAUCCGUAUCAAAACGGUAACAAAUAUGGCACUGAUGGACAACAACAAAACAUACCCGGUUACCCCAACCAACAAGGGCAAUAUAACAAUGAGCAUGGCCACAAUCAAAUUAACCAAAACAACAACGAACUAAAUAAUAAUGUGAAUCCUCAUCCGACUGGGAAUCCCACUAAUGUCAUAAAUAAUCAGUACCCAACUGCAAAUGAAGUCAAAACCCCGGAACCUACCAAACCAAACUCGAAUGAUAAUUAUAAACCAACGGAGACGUAUAAUCGUACCGACAGUCAUCAAGCAGAAAAUACUAAUAAAAAUAAUGAGGCGACCAAAAAACCUGAGGACGAGGGACCGCUCUUCGUGCCUCUCAACGGCUACAUGUACGGAGGUGACAAGAUUGUCAUCAACGCGCCCAAACGUGAAACCGACAACGGCAAAAACAAAAACGAAGAGAGCGAGGAGGACUUUCCAAUAGAUAUAAGGUUUAAAGACGAAUGAAUUUGUGUACUCAUUAAUUAAGUACCUAAAUAAAAUAGGUUUAAUAAA